AUUUCUAAAACAUAUUCCGAUCCCGAGGGACGGUUUAUAAUAUGUGAUGUGACUGUAAAUGGGAAACAAUUAACGCUGACAAAUAUUUACGCUCCAAACAACGAUGAUUCAAAUUUUUUCACCUCAGUUUUUAGUCAUUUGGCUGAUUUCAAGUGCGACGAGAUCAUAAUAGGUGGCUAUUUUAAUUUAGUUUUAGAUGUCGAAAAAGAUAAAAAGGGUGGCCUUUCAAGAACUCAUAAAAGAUCAUUGGAAGUUAUCAAUAGCCCUGGGUGGGGGGCACUUGGGUAUUUUUUGGGUGGGUAUGUGUCGCCCGGGACUCCAGAUUGGCACCCCGUUCUAAAAAGAAAUUCCCCUAAACUUGAUACCCCAUUCUAGAAACGGGCCAAUUUUUUAUACCACGUUCUAGAAUUCGCCCUAAAACUGAUACCCCGUUCUAAAAAUGGGCCAAUUUUUUAUACUCCGUUCUAGGGUGCAACAAGAGUAUAACAGUUUGCUUCAGUAACGCAUUGAGCCGUCUUUUUAAAAGCAAUCUGUCCUUGAAUAAUUUCAAAUGGCUGCUUACAAAACUGGAGCUUUCAUGCGUUCGAAAUAUUAUACCCCGUUCUAGAAAACGCCUCUGAAAUGGAUACCCCUUUCUCAACCAGGAGCUUUAAAAUCACGACCCCGUUGGGCGGCACAUACCCGUAUAGGUAAUGUAUAGGAGUACCCCCGCGGGUCAAUAGCGCCUCUGAAAGCUUAGAUCUGAUCGACGCCUGGAGAGUUUUAAAUUCUGACUCUUCCAAAUUUACAUGGAGACGGAAGAAGCCUGAAAUCCACUGUAGACUUGAUUUCUUUCUAAUUAAUCAAUGCACUUUCUGUAAUAUUAUUAAUGCAGAGAUAUUAGGCUACAAAACAGAUCAUUCUAUGAUCACCUUACAAAUUUCUUUACACUCUAACACUAGAGGCCGAGGUUUUUGGAAACUAAAUACUUCC